AUGCAGAGACAACAGAGGUCGUUCUCUCUACUUCUCCUUCUCCUCGCCGGUGCUUGCCAUGUCUUAACGGCGUCGGCUUCCGAGGUGGCUGCCACCAAGGAAAGCUCCCUCCUGCCACGAGCUGUAGCACCGGCAACAAAACACCGCUCUGACAAGGUCCAUGGCAUUAUCAUGGGCGUCACGGUCAUUAUCAUCUUCCCUUUCGCCUCGAUCUCUUGGAGGCUGCUCGACCGCCUCGUUAGCGGAAAAACGCUCUUCAGAAUCCAUGUCGCCUGCCAGGUAUUGGGCCUGGCUAUGUUGAUCGUCGGAUUCGGCAUCGGGGUUUGGGUCUGCAUUAUUCACAAAGAGGUGUACAAUGAUGAAUGGGGACAUGUGAUUCUCGGCACCAUCCUCAUGGCCCUCUUCAUCGUCCAACCCGUCAUAGGGCAAUUGCAUCACUACCUGUACAUAUCUCCUAGUCGGAGAACCCAACCUUGGAUCCGCAGCCUCCACGUCUGGCUUGGACGACUACUGAUGGUUGCGGCAAUUGUGAACGGAGCCACGGGUAUUGUGCUGGCCAAUAACACUCCUGGUGGCGAAAAAGGCUACAGCGCUGCGGCUGGCAUUGUCGGCGUGGCCUACAUCGUGAUACUGGUGCUUUGGUACUGGAACAGAAGCAAGCAGGACAUUGAGAAGGACAGCCAUGACACAUCGGAGGAACGCCAUGCGGACGUGGAAAGGAAAAUCACUCCCGCUGUGGGAGUUGACCCGAUGUAG